UUCAUAGAGAGAGAGAGAGAGAGAGAGAGAGAGAGAGAGAGAGAUGACGGGCCCCGGACGGGCCCACCACCAGCGGCCUAGGGCUCGGCCCCCGGCCCGAGCUAGAGUCCCUCUCAAGCGUCUCUUCCGCGUCGCGUCCAUAGCGUGUGGGGUCCAGUUCGGGUGGGCCCUUCAGCUCUCCCUCCUCACCCCCUACGUUCAGGAGCUCGGCAUCCCCCACGCGUGGGCCAGCCUCGUCUGGCUCUGCGGCCCGCUCUCCGGCCUCAUUGUCCAGCCUCUCGUCGGCCACGUGAGCGACCGCUGCUCGAGCCGAUACGGCCGCCGCAGGCCGUUCAUCGCGGCUGGCGCUGCGGCGAUAGUCGUCGCGGUGCUGAUCAUCGGAUACUCGGCCGACAUCGGGUGGUUGCUGGGCGACGGCGUGCGGCGUCCGCGGGCCAUCGUCGCCUUCGUCAUCGGGUUUUGGCUGCUCGAUGUCGCGAAUAACGUGAUGCAGGGGCCUUGUCGGGCCCUACUCGCAGAUCUCACCGGGAAGGAUCAUCGAAGGACUCGCAUAGCAAAUGCAUAUUUUUCACUUUUCAUGGCUCUGGGUAACAUCCUUGGCUUUGCAACCGGGUCCUACAGUGGUUGGCAUGCCAUAUUCCCCUUCACCACCACCUCCUCUUGUAGUAUUAACUGUGCCAAUCUCAAGUCUGCCUUCCUUCUCGAUAUUGUCCUUCUGGUCAUCACUACGUUUGUAAGCAUCUCGGCAGUCCAAGAACAGCCUCUAAAUACUCGCAACACACCUGAAUGCUCAGAAGAACCGCAACUGCAGUUGGAUCACAGUCAAGAAGCUUUCCUCUGGGAAUUGUUGGGAAGUUUCAGGUACCUCUCAUUGCCAAUCUGGAUAGUUCUCAUCGUUACUGCAUUGACAUGGAUCGGAUGGUUCCCAUUUCUUCUCUUUGAUACUGAUUGGAUGGGACGCGAGAUUUACCGAGGCAAGCCGGGCGAAGGGCAGAACUAUCACACAGGAGUAAGAAUGGGAGCAUUUGGGCUUAUGUUGAAUUCUGUUAUGCUUGGUUUGACGUCACUGGGAAUUGAGAAAAUGUGUCGGAAGUGGGGAGCUGGUUUGGUGUGGGGCGUUUCGAACAUUCUCAUGUCAAUUUGCUUUGUAACAAUGCUCAUAAUAUCCGCGAUUGCGAGUAACAUGGAUUUUUCAAACGAUGGUCUUCCUCCUGAUGGAAUUGUAAUUGCUGCCCUUGUCGUUUUUGCAGUUCUUGGAGUGCCAUUGGCAAUUACUUACACAGUUCCUUAUGCUAUGAUUUCUACUUACACGGAAUCUUUAGGGCUUGGCCAAGGAUUGUCAAUGGGAGUUUUGAAUUUGGCAAUUGUGAUCCCUCAGAUGAUAGUGUCUCUGGGAAGUGGCCCAUGGGAUCAGCUGUUUGGGGGUGGGAAUUCACCAGCAUUUUCUGUAGCAGCAGUUGCAGCCUUUGCCAGUGGACUUGUAGCCAUCCUAGCUCUUCCGCGACGGCAAGCUGACAAGCCUAGGACCCACCAUUAAGUUUUGGUUGCUAGGAUCUUCCAAUCUGUGAGAGUUUUGAUCUCAAGCUGCAACUGAUGAAUGGUGAGCUUGAGGCAAACUGCUUGAAUGCCAAUCAAGCCUUGAUAUUGGAACCCAUCUGCGGGGAAUCUCUCACCUACAAGUCCACGGUUUGCUGAAGUCUUACCUGUUCCAUGUCCAGGGACAUCCUUAUUAGUACAUGGUUUUUGUCCAAUUUUCUAAUUUAGGCUGCGUUUGGAUGUACAGGCAAAUUGGAUUGGGAACAGUCAAUUGAACAAAAUUUCAAAUUGCUAGAUUGCAUGAUAUUCUUGGUAAGGAAGACACUUGAGACUUCAAAAUGCAAUUGCAUCCCUUUCGAGUAGAAUCUGAAAGCAAAAUAACUGCAAUUUGGAGUGUGAACCCUGAAUCUUGAUGCCGAGGAAGGUAGCUUCAACUGGUUCAUUACCACUUGAUUACACUUGUAACUGCAAUUCAAUUUGAAACUGCAUCCAAAUGCUCUAGGGAACAACUGCAAUUCAAUUUGAAAGUGCAUCCAAAUGCUCUAGAGAACAACCGCAAUUCAUUUUGAAAGUGCAUCCAAAUGCUCUAGGCAACGAAGUCCAUGUUCUACUCAUUGGUUUACAUAGGGAAUGCAAUCUCAUUGCGUGCCAACGGUGUUCCUCAUGCACUGUUAAGGCCUAUGAGAUCAUUAGCGUCGAACCAUGGUCCCCACAUGUAUUCAAUUUUGUGCCAGGCUGACAAGAUCAACGGUGUCGAACCGCUGUCACCAUAUAAGUUGAAUUUUACGCCUCAUGGUCAUAGAGUUAUAUGUAUGUAUGUAUUUCUUAGAUUAUUUGUAUAGAGACAAACCAAAACGUGGACAUGGAAAGCCUUGUGAAAUCCUUCAGUAAUGGAUAAAUAUGGAAUUCUAUAAUUUGGUUUUUAAGUGCAGUGUUAGUCUAGAAUUCGGCCACAUGGUGCAUGUGUAUUUUGCUAGUGUGCUAUAACCAAUUGCGGUCUGAUUCAAACCAAAUGCCUCAAACUCUUGGUGUCGAGAUAUAGUGGUGGAAUUAAAUGGUGGUAAACUGAUUGUCUAUUCUCUCAAUUGUUGAG